UCUUACUAAUGUGAGUACCAGCAUGGUCAGAGACAGUGAGACACCUUCAUCUCAAAGCAUUUCAGAGAAAUCCAUUACUAUAUAUUUUCCAAACCAUGUGUAUCCAACAACCUUACCACAAAAAAGUCAAUAACUACCAUGAAGGUAUCAAUAUUCUCAAUCAUUGACCCCACAUUAUAAUUUACACUUACCUCCUUCAUGACUUUAUAUAUCAACCACCAUCACCAUGUUAUUUGAUAGAGUGAUUCUUUUUCUCCAAUCUUCAUCUAUGGAGGUAACAAUGACUUCACCCAUAUCAAAACCACUAAAUUCCUAGUCAUUCAACUUUCCUACAUUAUUAUGGGAUUGGCUGGUGCUGCUUCUCCUUCUUCUCCAUCCUCAUUAUCAUCAUCUUAUUGCUCCCGUUUUUGGUCCUCGGCACUCCGGUCCAAGCUCCUCGUGUCGCCGGCGGAGAAGGCCGCUCGUGACAGCUCCAGCAGCGGACUCUCCCGCCGCCUCGGUGUCCUCGACCUCCUGCUGCUUGGUAUUGGUGCUUCCAUUGGUGCCGGCAUCUUCGUCAUCACCGGAACCGUUGCUCGCGACGCCGGACCCGGAGUAACAAUAAGUUUUAUACUUGCGGGGGCAUCCUGUGUUAUAAAUGCACUCUGUUUUGCUGAGCUAGCUUCUCGAUUUCCUGCUGUUGUUGGAGGGGCAUAUCUAUAUGCAUAUACUGCUUUUAAUGAACUUACAGCUUUUCUUGUUUUUGCACAAUUAAUGUUUGACCAUCAUAUUGGAGCAGCUAUAAUAGCAAGAAGUUGUGCAAAUUAUUUGGUAGAAUUUCUAGAGCUCUUCUCUUUUUUCAAAGAUAACAUUCCGAAAUGGAUUGGACAUGGUGAAAGCAUUGGAAACGUGCUAUCCAUCAAUGUCUUAGCUCCAAUUCUCCUACUGCUUCUCACUUUUAUUCUCUGUCGAGGUGUUCAAGAAUCAUCAGUUGUGAAUUCGUUUAUGACAGUGACCAAGGUAGUCAUUGUUAUUAUUGUCAUUUUUGCUGGAGCUUUUGAGGUUGAUGUUUCCAACUGGUCUCCCUUUGCUCCAAAUGGUGUAAAAAGCAUAUUUACAGGAGCUACUGUAGUCUUCUUUGCAUGUAUUGGAUAUGAUGCAGUUGCCAAUUGUGCUGAAGAAUCUAAGAGGCCACAGCGUGAUUUGCCGAUAGGCAUAAUUGGAAGCCUCUUGGUUUGUGUUGCGUUGUACAUUGGAGUAUGCUUAGUGAUUACUGGAAUGGUUCCAUACAAUCUCCUAGGAGAAGAUGCUCCUUUGGCUGAAGCUUUUAAAUCUAAGGGGUUAAAAUUUGUUUCUGUUCUGAUUAGCAUUGGUGCUGUUGCUGGACUUAUAACAACACUCCUUGUUAGUCUCUAUGUUCAGUCUCGGCUAUAUCUUGGGCUUGGCAGGGAUGGUUUACUACCCCCAUUAUUUGCUAAAGUUCACUCCAAACGCCACAUCCCCAUUCAUUCUCAGAUUUGGGUUGGUUGUGUUGCUAGUGUUUUGGCUGGACUGUUGAAUGUGCACAUGCUCUCACACAUUCUUUCUGUUGGUACACUGACUGGCUAUUCCGUUGUUUCGGCAUGUGUUGUUGUACUUCUCUGGAAGGAUAAGACAAAUAGUCAAGUAUCACCUUCAGCAAAGAGGGAAGGUGUAAUUUGCCUCAUUGCUGUUGCUGUUUCUGGAUUUAUUGGGGGGCUUUUUUUCCGCUAUGAUGCUUCACCUAUUUUGCUGAUUCUGGCUAUACUUGUUGGAGCUGGUGCUUCUACUGCUCUUCAUUUCCGCCAGGUUUAUGCCGAAGAUUUACCAGGGUUUUCUUGCCCUGGGGUUCCCCUUGUGCCAAAUGUUUGCAUCUUUUUCAACAUGUUCUUAUUUGCCCAGUUACAUCAUGAAGCAUGGGUGAGAUUUGUGAUUCUUAGUGUUGUCAUGGUUGGUCUUUAUGCAAUAUAUGGGCAGUAUCAUGCUGACCCCAGUGCAGAGGAGAAUACUGUUUAUCAUGAGGCACCAGAGGAAGAUGGUCGAUGAGUUAUCAGUUCAAUAUUAUAAACAAUGCGGUUUUCAUUAUGGCCAAUGGGGAGAAGGGGGUGUUGGUUAAACUGUAUGUAGCAAAUAAGCUAUUUGUUCUUUCUGUUAGGAAUGUGAAUGUCCAUCAGGUCUAGUUAGAUUGUAUAUGGAACUGUCAGCAAGCAUAAUAUCCAUUAGGGGUUUAAAUUGAGGUUGUAGUCGUGGUUAUGUUGCAAAGAAGUGCAGGUUGGUGCGGCUACAAUAGCGGUCGUGUUGCCGUUGUUGGGACUCAAAAACCCUUUUACAUUGCGGCAGCAAUUGUGUCAGGACCGCAAUUUGAAAUCCUGCUUUCCCUCAAAUGGCUCCUCCUUUCAACCCCAAGUCGAACAUAUGUAUGAUGUAUCUCUUGUAGUUUACAACUUAGUUGAAAAGAAAAUUAUCAUGUACCAUUUUCAUAUGUGAAUGUUCAGUUGAUACUUUUUGA